AUGGAUCUCAUCCGCCAAGCCUGGCAGUUUGUAGUAGACCCCUACUACACAAGAUACCUCGGACCCCUCCAACUAGCCGGCGAUGCCCUCCUCUGCGGUCUCGUGAUAAGAUACAUCCCCUGUAAGCCAUCUCCAUCCCCCCCCAAAAAAGAAACGCCCCGGAAGAGCUUCUCACUCACAUAUCUUGUUUGUUCAAAAAGACACCGAAAUCGACUGGAAAACGUACAUGCAACAAAUCUCACUCUACAUCUCCGGAGAACGCGACUACGCCAGAAUCACCGGCGACACCGGGCCCCUAGUCUACCCAGCCGCGCACGUGUACAUCUACCGCGCUCUCUACUACCUCACAGACGCCGGCCAAGAAGUCCAACUCGCACAGUAUCUCUUCGCGGCGCUGUACCUCCUGACGCUCGGCGUUGUCAUUUCCUGCUACAGGAGAGCCGGAGCGCCGCCAUACCUGCUCCCGCUGUUGAGUCUGAGUAAGCGGGUGCAUAGUAUUUUCGUGCUGCGGUUGUUCAAUGAUUGCUUUGCGGUGUUGUUCCUCUGGGUGGCGAUUUGGUGUUACCAGAGGAGAUUCUGGACGUUUGGGAGUUUGGCUUAUUCGUUGGGGCUGGGGGUGAAGAUGAGUGUUUUGUUGGCGUUGCCGGCGGUGGGGUUGGUGCUUUGGCAGGGUAUGGGGAGGGAUCGGGCUUUCUAUCAGGCGCAGAGUAUAGGGCAACUUCAGGUGGGUACUCCGUCUCGAUGGAAGAUCAGAUGGGUACUAACAGCGGGCAGACUCUACUUGCAUAUCCAUUCAUCGUGGGUGGGUUGAAGAGCUACGUGACGAGGGCGUUUGAAUUCACCAGGACGUUCAUGUUCAAGUGGACGGUGAAUUGGCGCUUCUUGGGCGAGGAGAGGUUUCUGGGACGGCCGUUUUCAUUACUGCUGAUUGCUGCCCAUCUGACCCUCCUCUACACCUUUGGAGUCGGGAGAUGGCUGAAACCUUCCGGAUGGAGUUUAUCCGAAGCCAUCGACAAAUUCCUCUCGCCUCCGCCGAAAGGGAAAGAGGAAGAAGGCAGAAUCUCGCGGCGGGUGACACCAGACUUUGUCAUGACCAGCAUCUUGACCGCGAUCAUCAUCGGGUGCCUCUGUGCUCGAAGCUUGCACUACCAGUUCUUCGUCUACAUCGCCUGGUCGACGCCUUUCUUGCUCUGGAGAAGUGGAAUGCACCCGAUUCUGAUAUACGCGAUCUGCAUCGUGCAGGAAUGGGCGUGGAAUGUCUACCCGAGCACCAAUACGAGCUCGCUGGUAGUGGUACACUGUCUCGGAGCGGCCGUGUUUAGCAUCUGGGUAGGGACAAGUCCUCUGCUUGCUCCAAAGGCCAACGAAAGUCAGGCAGAUGACCAGAGCAAGCACGAGCAUGCAGAGUGA